GUCAGUAUGGAUUUUGAACUUGAAGAGCAUUUUAACAAGAUGGUUGUCACAGAGAACAAUACUGCUGCCACUGGAAAUGCUGCCUACCCUGUGUGGGAUGAGUACAGGAGCGCAGAGAACAACACUGCUGCUGCUCGGAAUGCUGCCUUUCCUGUCUGGGACGACUACAGGGGCAGUGUGGACGAUGUACAAUACUUCCUGAUUGGGCUCUAUACAUUUGUCAGUCUUCUUGGCUUUAUGGGAAAUCUACUUAUUUUAAUGGCUGUUAUGAAAAAGCGCAAUCAGAAGACUACCGUGAACUUUCUCAUAGGUAACCUGGCCUUGUCUGAUAUCUUGGUAGUGCUAUUUUGCUCACCUUUCACACUGACCUCUGUCUUGUUGGAUCAGUGGAUGUUCGGCAAAGCCAUGUGCCAUAUUAUGCCUUUCCUUCAGUGUGUGUCAGUUCUGGUUUCAACUUUGAUUUUAAUAUCAAUUGCCAUUGUCAGGUAUCAUAUGAUAAAGCACCCUAUAUCUAACAAUUUAACAGCAAACCACGGCUACUUCCUGAUAGCUACAGUCUGGACCCUGGGCUUUGCCAUCUGUUCUCCUCUCCCAGUGUUCCACAGUCUUGUGGAACUUAAGGAAACCUUUGGCUCAUCAUUGCUGAGCAGCAAGUAUUUGUGUGUUGAGUCAUGGCCUUCUGAUUCAUACAGAAUUGCUUUCACAAUCUCUUUAUUGUUAGUUCAGUAUAUUCUGCCUUUAGUUUGUUUAACGGUAAGUCACACUAGUGUCUGCAGGAGUAUAAGCUGUGGGCUGUCCCACAAAGAAAACAGACUGGAAGAAAAUGAGAUGAUCAACUUAACUCUUCAUCCAUCCAAAAAGAGUGGGAACCAGGCAAAGUCCCCCAGUAGGCAAAAGUGGACUUACUCAUUCAUCAGAAAGCACAGAAGAAGAUACAGCAAAAAGACGGCAUGUGUUUUACCCGCUCCAGCAGGCCCUUCUAAGGAGAACCAUCCAGUUCCAGAAAACCUGGUCUCAAUCCGAAGUCAGCUCUCUUCAUCCAGUAAGGUUAUCCCUGGGGUCCCUACCUGCUUCGAGGUAAAACCUGAAGAAAACUCAGAUGCUCAUGAGCUGAGAGUGAAGCGCUCCAUCACUAGAAUUAAAAAGCGAUCUCGAAGUGUCUUCUACAGACUGACUGUACUCAUACUAGUGUUUGCUGUUAGUUGGAUGCCACUGCACCUUUUCCACGUGGUGACUGACUUCAAUGACAAUCUUAUCUCCAAUAGACAUUUCAAGCUGGUUUACUGCAUUUGUCACCUGUUAGGCAUGAUGUCCUGCUGUCUUAAUCCAAUCCUAUAUGGAUUUCUUAAUAAUGGGAUCAAAGCAGAUUUGAGAGCGCUUAUACACUGCCUACACAUGUCAUGACUCUCACUGUUUAGCAAGGGAAGAAAAGUUGAGAUUGUCUAAAAUACAUCUGUGCUGAUGAUGUGCGCAUACAUUUAAU